AUGCUUCUCGACGAAGACCCCGCAACACUCAUCCACCACACUGUUGGCAACUUCAACAUCCUACCAGACAAACUCGCCGUUUCGCGCAUCAAUGAAUCACUAUCUACGUUGCAACAAGCUCGGGAUCUGCGCGUACGAGAAGCCGAGAGCGCAUUAAAAAAGCUUUCAAGGACCCUCACAACCCUAAACAACCACCACCAAGAAACAAUCGCCUCCCACUCAUCCGCGGCCCAUGCUUCAGAAAUUGCGACCCUUGACACACAGAAAUUCCGCAUCGCCAAAGCUGCUAGCGAUAUUGAAAUUGAGACGGAGCGCCUCUCUUCCCAACUUGCGGACCUACAAGCCCGCCUGCAAGAACUGGAAUUACAAGGAGUUGAGGGUGGCGAGAAUGCGAGGAGGGGUUUGGUGGCCGACGAAGUUACUCUAAAAUUGAAGAUCUACAGGGGGUUAGGAAUCGAUCUUGUGAGGGACAGCGACGGGGAGUAUACGAAGGCGGUUAUCAGGAAUGGGAGCCAGGUUGGUUUAAACGUGGUCAACCUGGACAACAAGCUUUCGAGGUUCUUCUAUGUGAAUUACUUCUGGCAGAUGUUGUAG